AGCUUGUCCCUCAUUCUGCCUGUCGCUUAACUUUUGCUUCAAACUCAUCCCUCCCUCUCUCUCCCUCUCUCCCUCUCUCUGCCUCUACAAAUCCAAACUUGAGGCUGUGGCUAAAGUUAGCACGGUCUACAGAGGUAUAUAAGCCCCCGAGGAUAGGGGUUUAAUGCGGCUUCACAUCAGUCUCUUCUCUUGUUGACCAUCCAAACCUCCAUACAUACCGUCUCGAGAUGGCACCCAAGAAGGCCAAGAGGAGGGGAGCAGCAGCAGAGGGCGGUUCCUCCAACGUGUUCUCCAUGUUUGAGCAGAGCCAGAUCCAGGAGUACAAGGAGGCUUUCACAAUUAUUGACCAGAACAGAGACGGUAUCAUCAGCAAGGAUGACUUGAGGGACGUGCUGGCCUCAAUGGGCCAGUUGAAUGUGAAGAAUGAGGAGCUGGAAGCCAUGGUCAAGGAGGCCAGCGGCCCCAUCAACUUCACCGUCUUCCUCACCAUGUUUGGAGAGAAGCUCAAGGGUGCUGAUCCCGAGGAUGUCAUCGUUAGUGCUUUCAAGGUCCUGGACCCCGAGGCUACCGGUUUCAUCAAGAAGGAAUUCCUUCAGGAGCUCCUGACCACUCAGUGCGACAGGUUCUCUGCAGAGGAGAUGAAGAACCUGUGGGCUGCCUUCCCCCCAGAUGUGGCCGGCAACGUAGACUACAAGCAAAUCUGCUACGUCAUCACACACGGAGAGGAGAAGGAGGAGUAAUGAAACAGACAUAAGAAAAGAAAACAGCCUCCCUUGCCAUUCUACCUUCCUGCUCCUCUCUUCUUCCUUCUGUUCUCUCAUACCUUCCUUCUCUUUAUGUGUACUCAUGUGCUCUGUCUCUCACUCACACAAAUUCUCUAAAAGACUCGUCUCUACUCAAGAUAUUUGUGUGAGAGCGGGUGCUCAUGGGUUGUCUAUGUUUGUUCGUGGGGAUAUGGGAUUAUUUUCAAUAAAAAUGAUCUUUUAACAUCAUCUCUUUCUCACCCGCUUUCCCUUCCCUUAACCCUCUUCCUCCUUUUCAUCUCUUACUCCUAUCUAUCAUUGGUUGUUUCCCCAGUCUCUCUGUUAGAAGAAAUGCACACAGCAAGUCGUAUUCCACUGCUGUGGUAUGGAUGUGUAAACCCCAAGGUGAAAUGGAGCACCAGUCUUUGCCUCGGCUGCAACAGCUCAGAGGUUAGACCUGGAAGUCCUUUCACUCCCCCUUAAUUUAACCCUCAGAUGGGCAAAUAAACCAAACAGAGGGAUAUCGUUCUAUAAAUAUUGUAGAGGUUAUCUCCUGUAGAUAAGGUGGGAAAAUAGGAGAUAUUCUAAGAAGGAAUGAGGCUAGAGAAAAACAUGGCCUCCUUAAAGUGACGGCUACGUUUUUCUCAAGUGAGAAAGGCUGCUAGAGAGAAGAGAAAGGACCCAAAGAAAACACUCGUCUUCACCUCCUUUCCCUCCUCCCUUUCCUCCUUUACUUCUACCUGUUUUCUAUAAGCUCCUUUGUUUUCUGCACCUGGACUAGCUUUAGUCUGCCAGAAACUCCUCUGUAACGAAUAAAAGGGACUAACUGUGAAUAAAAGCUCUUAUCUUUUGUA